AGAAGCCCGUAAAUCCAGGGGUGAGCGACAGGGACUUAACAGAGCAGCAUUUAGGAGUCAAUUUUGUUACUAUUCACACUACGACAUUAACUACGACAUGUCAUCUUCAAUUUGGCCGCAAUGCCAGAGGUAGCUUCUGAACUUCGUUGUAAAGUUCGUGUAGUGCUGGCGGAGAACGAUAGAGUAUUUUCGAGCAAAGCUCUCCUAGGCCUGAAGAAGACGGAUAGCUUCAUGAAGGAGAUGUUGCGAUACCAUCCUUUUGCUUUUGGUAUGUCUCGACCUCUGUCAACUGUACUCACUAUCCCUUGGUUGACGUACCGAAGACGACUAACCGGCCUAGCAACUUACCAACCCUAGGUCCUCAAACACUUCAAGCUGU